GCGAGGGCAGGAGGAGCCCGCGGGCGGGGCUGCGGGUGGCCGGCGACGCUUCCAAGCCUGGCAUCGGGCUGCCCUCCAGGCUCGCGCUGCAGCCAGUCCGUCGGAGGUCGGCGGGGCCUACGGCGGCCCGGGCCCCAUGGCGGCGUCCGCGGCUCUGUCGGCGGCGGCGGCGGCGGCCCUGUCUGGCCUGGCGGUGCGGCUGUCGCGCUCGGCCGCGGUCCGAGGCUCCUAUGGCGCCUUCUGCAAGGGGCUCACGCGCACGCUGCUCACCUUCUUCGACCUGGCCUGGCGGCUGCGCAUGAACUUCCCUUACUUCUACGUGGUGGCCUCGGUGAUGCUCAACGUCCGCCUGCAGGUGCGGAUCGAGUGAGCGCCCGCGGCGCUGGCGCUGGCGCUGGCGGUGGCGGUGGCGGCCCGGCCGAGAGUCGCCCGCGCACCCGCUCCUGGCC